UCUAAAGAAGAAAGCAAUUAGCAAUUACGCAGUGCUGAAAAACCCUGAGAAUUUAAAAUCCCACUAUAAAUCCCUACAUACGCCAAAACUCAAAUCACCAUCAAUGGACGCAGAGGCAGCUCUGGAAUUCGUGAAGCAUGGCGCUACUCUACUUCUUCUCGACGUUCCUCAGUAUACACUCAUCGGCAUCGAUACCCAGAUGUUUUCAUCGGGUCCUAAUUUUAAGGGAAUCAAGAUGAUUCCUCCUGGUAUUCACUUCAUCUACUACAGCGCGUCGAACAGGGAAGGCAGAGAGUUUUCUCCUGUUGUUGGUUUCUUCGUUGAUGCCAGCCCUUCACAGGUUAUUGUUCGGAAAUGGGAUCAAGAGGAAGAGCAUCUUGUCAAAUUGUCAGAAGAAGAGGAAGCAAGAUACUCUGAUGCGGUUAAGAAGUUGGAAUUUGAUAAGCAGCUAGGACCAUACACAUUGAGCCAGUAUGCCGAUUGGAUUCAUCUGUCAAACUAUAUCACCAAAGAUACAAUUGAGCGCAUUGAACCUAUUGGAGGAGAAAUCACAAUUGCCUGUGAAUCUGAUAUGUUUGCGAAGUCAACUAAAACGUCCAUGGAGAAAACAUUGGCCGAGCAGUUAAAGAACAGCAAGCUUUCAGUGCCUGAAGAGAAGUCCCAAAGAAGUGGUUGUUAUUACACUGCAGUUCCUCGGAUUGUCAAGCAAAAGGGCAUAGGUGUGGAAGAGCUUACCAGUUUGAAUCUCGACAAGACGCAUCUCUUGGAAAGAAUAUUGAUGAAAGAAUAUGGAGGUGAUGAAAAUGCACUUUUAGGAGAACUGCAGUUUGCAUUCAUUGCAUUUCUGAUGGGACAAUCACUUGAUGCAUUUCUACAGUGGAAGCUUUUAGCGAGUCUCUUAUUUGGCUGCACAGAAGCUCCUCUUCGCACCAGGAGUCGGCUAUUCACCAAGUUUAUUAAGGUCAUAUAUUAUCAGCUGAAAUGUGGAUUUCAAAAGGACCAAAAGGAGAUCGGUGCUAUGCCCGAAGGAGUGUCAGCGUUGUUGGACGAGUCCUGGUUAUCUUCUGAUAGCUUUCUGCACUGCAUUUGCAAGGAUUUCUUUUCCCUGGUACUAGAAGCUCCAGUUGUUGAUGGGGACCUUCUCUCUUCGACGAGAAGACUCAAAUCACUGCUUGAGGACACUUUAGGUUGGCACUUUCAGCCGAACAGUACAGCUGACGCAAUUUAUUUUGACGAAGACGACGAGUAUGCUCCAGUGGUAGAGAUUUUGGAUGACACAGAGUGCAUGAAUACAUGAACUGAAGUACGAAAUACCAACGUUGGUUGUCCCUCCAAUUUCAAUUCACAACAAGAAGCAAACUUAGUCCCCGUGUGCAUGUGCAAGUAAACGAGGUGAAAUCUAGGCUUCCAAUUUUCACUAAUACGCGAAAAGUUUUAGUUAACUAGAUAUCUUGUAGCAUCCUUUCGUACUCCUAUUGACGAUAUAACAUAAUGUUUUCACUAAUGUACAUUUUGUCAUUUGUAGUUGAAUUUUAAAAUCAAUAGAGCUCUUUGGAUUUA